AUGUAUUGUACCAGAGAUACAAUCUCCAGACUUAACAUGUACUGUACCAGAGAUACAGUCUCCAGACUUGUGUUGUACCAGAGAUGCAGUCUCCAGACUUGUGAUGACCCACAGAUACAGUAUCAAGACUUGACUUGUGUUGCGCUAGAGAUACAGUCUUCAGACUUAACAUGUAUUGUACCAGAGAUACAGUCUCCAGACUUAACAUGUAUUUUACCAGAGAUACAGUCUCAAGAUUUAACUUGUAUUGUUCCCCAGAUGAAGUCUCAAGAUUUAACUUGUGUUGUACCAGAGACACAUGACUCUCGCAAAGAGACUGGAGAGAAGUUGACUGUGGAAGCGGAGACUGGAGAGCCGGUGACUGGUACAUCAGAGACUGAGACGCCUGCUGAAGAACCAGAGGAAGAAUCAAAGCGGGACAAGAGGCAGUUCUUUCCUUUCUACGAUCCCUUUUAUGGCGGUCCUGCCUACUGGCCUCCUCCUUAUCCUGGGUGGCGCAGACAGCAGUUUAAUGGGAGACUACGCAGUGGUAUGGAUCUGCCAGAUGUUGUGGACACUUCGAGUUUUCUAAGCAGCGCACCACGCGCUGAUCCCUACCUCUACAGGCCCGGAUGGUACCCAUAUUAUUUCCAAUCCAGACCUCCAACCCCAUACUAUGCUCCAGACUUUCAUUAUGGACAAGACUGUGUUUACCCAUUCCCUCAUAGUCAUGCAGGGUCACCAACACAGCUUGGAGCUCCUGGGAGUGGAAGACAGGACAUACCUUCUGGAGCAGCAACACAACCUGGAUCUCCAGCAUUUGGAGGGCAGGGGAUACCUUCUGGACCAGCAACACAACCCGGAUCUCCAGCAUUUGGAGGACAAGGGAUACCUUCCGGACCAGCAACACAACCUGCAUCUCCAGCAUUUGGAGGACAGGGAAUACCUUCUGGACCAGCAACACAACCCGGAUCUCCAGCAUUUGGAGGACAGGGGAUACCUUCUGGACCAGCAACACAACCCGGAUCUCCAGCAUUUGGAGGGCAGGGGAUACCUUCCAGACCAGCAACACAACCUGGAUCUCCAGCAUUUGGAGAACAGGGGAUACCUUCGGGACCAGCAGCACAACCUGGAUCUCCAGUACUUGUAGGACAAGCCAUGCCUUCGGAUUCCACCUUCCCGUCCGACUUUUCAUUCAUACACAGAGACACAGGAACCGUUCCAGACUCCCAACCUGGAGCAUCUUCUUUCGCAGGUUCCUUCCCGAGUCACCCUCCUGGACCAGCAGAAUUUGGACCUGGACAAGACAGCUUCCAGGACAGUAGUCACCCUGCUGUAGGAACCCAAUUUGGAGGUGAAGUUAGCACCUUUGGAACAGGACCUGGGGCAUCACCCACUGGUUCAUUUGGCGAACCAGGCAUGGGCGCAGGAGGUGGUUCAUUUGGUCCAGGAAGUAGUUCAUUUGGCGAACCAGGUAUGGGCCCAGGAAGUGGUUCCUUUGGCGACCCAGGUAUAGGCCUAGGAAGUGGUUCAUUUGGGGAACCAGGAAUAGGCGGAGCCGGUGGCUUAAUUAGCGAGCCAGGAAUAGGUGGUUCAUUUGGCGAUCCAGGCAUGGGCGCAGGAAGUGGUUCGUUUGGCCCAGGAAGUAGUUCAUUUGGCGAACCAGGUAUACCCCCAGGAAGUGGUUCCUUUGGCGAUCCAGGUAUGGGCCCAGGAAGUGGUUCAUUUGGCGAACCAGGUAUGGGCCCAGGAAGUGGUUCCUUUGGCGAUCCAAGUAUGGGCCCAGGAAGUAGUUCAUUUGGCCCAGGAAGCAGUUCAUUUGGCGAACCAGGUAUGGGCCUAGGAAGUGGUUCCUUUGGUGAUCCGGGUAUGGGCCCAGGAAGUGGUUCAUUUGGCGAACCAGGUAUGGGCCCAGGAAGUGGUUCCUUUGGCGAUCCAAGUAUGGGCCCAGGAAGUGCUUCAUUUGGCCCAGGAAGUAGUUCAUUUGGCGAACCAGGUUUGGGCCCAGGAAGUGGUUCCUUUGGCGAUCCAAGUAUGGGCCCAGGAAGUGGUUCAUUUGGCCCAGGAAGCAGUUCAUUUGGCGAUCCAAGUAUGGGCCCAGGAAGUGGUUCAUUUGGCCCAGGAAGCAGUUCAUUUGGGGAUCCAAGUAUGGGCGCAGGAAGUGGUUCAUUUGGUGCAGAAACCGGCUCAUUUGGUGAAGGAAGUGGUUCAUUGGGUGCAGAAACCGGUUCAUUUGGUGGAGAAACCGGUUCAUUUGGUGGAGGAAGUGUUUCAAUAAGUCAAGGAAGUGAUUCAUUUGAUGCAGAAACCGGUUCAUUAGGUGGAGGAACCGGUUCAUUUGGUGAAGGAAGUGUGUCAAUAAGUCAAGGAAGUGAUUCAUUUGGUGGAGGAAGUGGUUCAUUUGGUGCAGAAACCGGUUCAUUUGGUGCAGAAACCGGCUCAUUUGGUGAAGGAAGUGGUUCAUUGGGUGCAGAAACCGGUUCAUUUGGUGGAGAAACCGGUUCAUUUGGUGGAGGAAGUGUUUCAAUAAGUCAAGGAAGUGAUUCAUUUGGUGCAGAAACCGGUUCAUUAGGUGGAGGAACCGGUUCAUUUGGUGGAGGAAGUGUUUCAAUAAGUCAAGGAAGUGAUUCAUUUGGUGGAGGAAGUGGUUCAUUUGGUGCAGAAACCGGUUCAUUAGGUGGAGGAACCGGUUCAUUUGGUGGAGGAAGUGUUUCAAUAAGUCAAGGAAGUGAUUCAUUGGUGGAGGAAGUGGUUCAUUAGGUGGGGAAACCGGUUCAUUUGAUGGAGGAAGUGUUUCAAUAAGUCAAGGAAGUGAUUCAUUUGGUGGAGAAACCGGUUCAUUAGGUGGAGGAACUGGUUCAUUUGGUGGACAAAGUGGUUCAUUUGGGGGAGAAACUGGUUCAUUUGGUGGAGGAAGUGGAUCAUUUGGUGGAGAAA